AUGCAAACUCCGCAAUUUAACGAGCUUCUUGCUCAGUUUCAAGCCACUCUCAACGCUGACAGUCGACUUCAUGCUUGUCAAGCCAAGAUGCAGUCACUUGAGACCGAAAAUGAUGAAUUGAUUCGACAACUCAAGAAUAUAAAUAUGGCUAUGCAUGCCGGCUCAGUUCAGAAGCUUCAGGAGCAGCUCCAGGAGCAAGCAAAGGAACUCGCCGACAAAAACCUGGAAAUCCAAGCGCUUGAGGACAAAUUGGCGGCUAGUCAACAGGAGAGCACCAGAAAGAGUAUGAAGCUCCUGGAACAACAUGCCAAGGAGCUAAACAACAAAAAUCUGGUCAUCGGAGAUCUGGAGACCCGCCUAUCUGCUGCGGAUCAACGAACCGUUAUCAACGAACAGCUCAAGGUGCUCCAGGAGGAGCAUGUCAAGAAGAUGAAGAACAAGGACCUGGAAAUCCAAACGCUUCAGGACAAACUGGCGGCUAGUCACGAGCAGCAUGCCAAGGAGCUCACCAACAAGGACCUGGUCAUCAAAGAACUACCUGCUGCGGAACUACAAACCGUCGAUAAGGUUAUGGAGCUCACAAAUGAGAACAAGCGACUCUCUCUAGGAAUUCAGAAGCUCCAAAAGGAGAAGGUCUUUGCUGAGAAACGUCUUCAAUCUCUUGGAGUGAUGUUGCAGGAAAAGUUGCGUCAGAAGGAAGACGUGCAAAAGAAAAAGGAGGAGGUCGUCUCCAAGCCAACUACUCAACUCCACACUGAGCUCCACACUGAGCUCGGAAAACUCUAUAUGGAGCUCCAGGAAUCCAAGAAGCCCCAGGAGGCUCUCAUGGCUCAGUUGGCUGCUAAGGACAUGGAAAUCGAGUAUCUCAUGGAGCAACACAAAGCGAAGCUGGCCGCUAAGGAUUCAGAAAUCCAGAAUCUGAAGGAGAUGAUUCAGGGAGGAGAUGAGAUGAAUGAGAAAGCGGUCGUGGCGGAUGGACAAUCGGAAUAA